AUGACGAGCGUGUCAGCAGGGGGAUCUGCUGCUCAAAAAGCUAAACCUCCCGUAGUACAGCCUGGCACAGGCAACAAUAUCAUCAUAAAUCCCAACCAGCGCUUGAACCCUGUUCUUGAAUGCAUUCGCAAUGUCGGCAAAGAAUUCGGUGAUAUCGUUCCCGACUUCCAAGUGGGGCGUACUUCUGGUGUGCUCUUCCUCAGUCUGAAAUAUCACCGCCUGCACCCAGAGUACAUUCAUACUCGCAUAGAGAAACUUGGGCAUGCAUAUAAUCUCAGAAUUUUGCUUAUCAUGUGCGAUGUUAGCGAGCAUCAGGAGCCAAUCCGGGAGCUUACCAAGGUCUGUCUCAUCAAUAACAUCACCAUCAUCGUCGCAUGGAGCAUCGAAGAAGCAGGGCAGUAUAUCUCUACACUCAAGCAGUUUGAGCACAAACCACCAGAUCUCAUCAAGGAGCGUGUGGACAAGGACUACAAUGCUGUCCUCCGCACUGCGCUCACCAGCAUCAAUAAGGUGAACAAAACUGACGUCGAGACGUUGCGCUCGUCACUUGGGCUAGCGGACCAGAGCUUCGCCGACAUAGCUCGCGCCCCAUCUGAUCACUUACAGACCUUACCGGGCUUUGGCCCCGUGAAAGUUCGUCGCAUUAAAGACGCCUUCGACAAAACGUUUCGAAAUCGUGCUACCAGCGCUGUAUUUUCUGUGGGUUCGCAACUCACACGGGGUGCUGGCGACGAGGUCGUGUCUACGUCCAACAGAAAAUCCGUUCUGGAGGUGACAGAACCUAGGGCUGCCCCAGGUUCAAAAGCGAUAUUUGACCUGGUACCUGCACAAAGUGGCAAAGGAAAAGGAAAAGAACUAGCGCAACGUAGCCCAAGCCCAGUGUGGGACAUAGAACUCGACCUCGACAGUCCUCCCCCCGUUGCUUCUUCCGGACCUCCACUUCCACGUGAACCGGCGCCAGUAUGGGAUAUCGAGCUUGACCUUAACGAUGACUCGGAUGACCUGUAUGUUGAUCCACGACUGGCUGCUAAGAAGGGGUUCGGGCGGGCUGGGAGCUCAUUGGGCUCAGAUGAAUGAGGCUCAUACGUCGUGGUGGAUACGACCUGAGUAUUGUUCCCAUGCACAUUCGCUGCCCACACAAUAAAGAUUGGAGUAGUUGACGUGUCACAAAAACCGGAAAACAACAUUCAGACCAAACUACAAAUACUAAGGAAGGUAAAGGGUGCAGAGCAUACACGAUUUAAAGCUGGUUGACAGCGGAUUCAUCUACAAUAGGUAUGCUAUAAUGGACAUAAUAUGUUAUUGCAACAGGCAAAGAGACGGGGAAUAGAAUUAUCGGUAGCUCAUACAAUUGAAAGAAAGUAUCGUCUGAGCAUAAAACAUGAUGAUGUCGGAAGGGGCAUUGUGCAGAAGCAAAGAAGUGGAGGUUAACAUCCACAUGAAAUCGCACGGUAGAAAGUGAGGUAUGCGUGAAACGAGUAGCAAAGAGAAGAGAGUAAGC